AUGAAACAAGUCGAGCGGGAAAGUUUGCACAAUUAUGAGAGUUCUGAUAGCGAGGAUGAAUCGAGGAGGGAAUUAAGGCUUGAUGAGGAGGAUGGUUCCACUCAUAAGAAGAGCAGUGCUAUUGGUGAAAGUAGUAGUGGUAGUAUUGUUAGAUCAUCUUCUAUGGAGGUGUUAAAUUCAUCUUCAUUAUUGGAAAAGCCUAAAAUCAUUGAUGAAGAUGCUAAGGUUUUUAUUGAAUUUGCUUCCUUCUUUACCUCACCAGAGAAUAUGAAUAAUAGUGUCAUGAUGAAUGGCAAUUGUAAUCUUCAACAACCACAACAACCUCCUCCACCUCCUCUCAUGGAUUUUGGAAGCAAUUCUACAGGCACUUCUACAUCACUUCAAAUUUUCAGUAGCGGAGCUGCUCAAAGUAAGCCUUCCUCUUCCAUUCCUUCUGUAAUUGUUAGUCAUCAUCACGAUGCUCCAAAACCUCCUUCUUCAAUGCUUAUUCCAAUUCCUAUCAAAACAGUAAGAGAGGAUGAAUCCAAACCAAAAAAGACAAAACUUAGAUCUCUACACAAAUCAACAAACCCUCAAGUGGCUUCUUCAUCAGCAAGUGGUGCUACAGCCUCUUCAUCUCAUGCCACUGUAACAACUCCAGUGAAGAGACAAACAAAACCUUUGAGAGAGGAUGAUCGUAUUGUCACACCUUCAAAAUUCACACAACAAAUUGAAACUCCAAACUCUAAAAAGAAUGAAGACCUUCCAAGGAAGAAGAGAGGAAGACCUCCAGGAACAAAGAAAACACCAUCUCAAAAGAAGGUUAAGGAAGAUUAUGAAGAUGAAAAUCAACUGGCAACUACAUCUAUUUGUACUAGUGUUAAUACAUCAUUUACUAGACAACCAAUUGAAAUGCCUCAAGUUGAUCCAUCUAGGGACGUUUCAAUUUAUGGAACAAUCUUCAAUAGAGACGUCCUUGAUAGGUUAUUCCUGCACAGAAAUGAACUGGACUAUGAACAUUCACAUCCAAUCCAUAUUUUAGACACUCUUUUGGAAGGACAUUUGGAAAAGGAAUCAAACAAGGAUACUCUCGUCACUAAUGUCAACCUCUCUUUUGAUCCUUCCUUAUUACUAAUGAGUUCCUCGGAAAGAGUUAUUGAGGAUAACAGGUUAGCACGAUUUAUCGUAAAUCACUGA